AUGAGCAAUGACAAUAAUAAACGGCCCCCAGUCCCCGGCGGCCCCGCUAUUCCUGGCUACGGUGGCGACCAUGGUAACGGCGGGGCAGGGGGUGCUAAGAAUCUCCGGUGGAGGUUCGGUUGCCACCUACGACGACUCGACCUGGCAACAUACAACGCACGCACCCUGAGGACUGACGAGAAGAUUGUGGAGCUGGAAGAAGAGAUAGACAAGUUACGCUGGCAUAUUAUAGGAUUAUCCGAAGUCCGAAGAGAGGGGGAGGACACGGUAAUCCUCGAAUCCGGCAACUUGCUCUAUUACCGGGAGGGCGACCAUCUGUCCCAAGGAGGUGUCGGAUUUAUCGUCCACAAGUCUCUCGUUAACAACGUUGUAAAGAUUGAGAGUGUGUCGACGAGGGUUGCGUACCUUAUACUCAGAAUCACCAAACGGUAUUCGCUGAAGGUCAUACAGGUUUACGCACCAACCUCGGCACACCCCGAUCAGGAGGUGGAGGAAAUGUAUGAGGAUAUCUCUAGAGCCAUGCAUUCCUCCAAAACCCAAUAUACGGUGUUAAUGGGAGACUUCAAUGCAAAACUAGGCACAAGAGAGAACGGUGAGCUGAAAGUAGGGAAAUUUGGAAUAGGGCAACGGAACCCAAGGGGCCAGCAGCUGGCCGACUUCAUGGAGAAAGAGGGACUCUUUAUGAUGAACUCUUUCUUCCAGAAGCGGCCCCACAGGAAGUGGACCUGGUCGAGCCCCGACGGUUCGACAAAAAAUGAGAUUGACUUCAUUAUGACGACCAGACGACAACUGUUCAGUGAUGUCUCAGUGAUCGCGAGGGUGAAAACCGGCAGCGAUCACCGAAUGGUUAGAGGCACAAUGAACCUAAACGUUAAGUUGGAGAGGUCUCGUCUAAUAAAGUCAACGCUCCGUCCCCCUCGUGCUCUAAUCCAAAGUCCCGAAACCUUUCAGCUCGAGUUACAAAACCGUUUUCAGUGCCUAGAAGACUGCAAUGAAGUGGACGAUUUGAAUGACAAGCUCGUGGAAACUGUCCAUGCGGUCGGAGCUAAGUUCUGCAAGACCCGCCGCAGAAGAACACAAAAACUCUCCGAUCACACUCUUAAUCUCAUGGCUGUUAGACGGGAGAUGAAGCUACAUUCUUCAACAGAUUUAACAGCAUACAGGCAACUGAACAGACAGAUCUCCAAAUGCAUGCGGCGGGACUUACGCAAAUUCAAUACAGCUCGUAUUGAAGAAGCGAUCGAGCGGAACCGAGGCUCCAAAGUCUUUGCCAGAGAUCUGUCUGCCAGAAAGCGCCAACUGUCAAAGCUGAAGACAGAAUGUGGCAGCAUCGUUUCCGGGGCACCUGAGAUUUUGAGUGAGAUUGAGAGGUUCUAUGGGCAGCUGUACACGUCAUCGUUGGAGCCGCACGCAAGUGUGAGUAACGAUCCAAGAGCGAGUCUUAUCCGACAUUAUUCCGAUGAUAUCCCGGACGUCAGUCUGAGCGAGAUUAGAAUGACUCUCCAGCACCUUAAAAACGGCAAGGCCCCAGGCGAGGAUGGAAUUACAGCGGAGCUUCUGAAAGCGGGUGGAGAACCGGUACUUGAAGUCCUUCAGAAGCUCUUUAAUUCCGUCCUCCAUGGUGGCAUUACACCGGAGGCGUGGAGCAGAAGUACGGUGGUCUUGUUCUUCAAGAAAGGCGACAACGCUCUCUUGAAGAACUACAGACCGAUUUCCCUUCUGAGCCGCGUCUACGUGCUGUUUUCGAGAGUCAUUACGAAUCGUCUCGCGCGCAGACUUGACGACUUCCAGCCUCCCGAACAAGCCGGUUUCCGAAAGGGCUUUAGCACCAUAGACCACAUACAUACCCUUCGGCAAAUUGUACAGAAGUCCGAAGAGUACAAUUUGCCACUAUGUCUGGCGUAUGUGGACUAUGAAAAAGCCUUUGAUUCCGUCGAAAUUUGGGCGGUGCUGCAGUCCCUUCAGCGGUGCAAAGUUGACUGUCGGUAUAUCGAAGUGUUGAAGUGCUUGUACAGUAGGGCUACGAUGGCUAUUCGAGUACAGAACCAGAGUACGAAACCUAUCCAAUUGCAGAGAGGUGUAAGACAGGGUGACGUCAUAUCCCCGAAACUCUUCACCGCUGCAUUGGAAGACGUUUUCAAGCUUCUGGACUGGAAAGGAUACGGUAUCAACAUCAAUGGCGAGUACAUCACUCACCUUCGAUUUGCCGACGAUAUAGUCCUUAUGGCAGAAUCGCUGGAGGACCUAAGCACUAUGCUCAAUGACCUCAAUAGUGUUUCCCAACGGAUAGGUCUUAAGAUGAACAUGGACAAAACAAAGAUCAUGUUUAAUGUCCAUGUCACACCUAUGCCGGUAGUUGUUGGGAGCACUAAGCUCGAAGUUGUUGACGAGUAUGUUUACCUGGGACAAAUAGUCCGACUAGGUAAGUCCAACUUCGACCGAGAGGUCAAUCGACGGAUUCAACUCGGCUGGGCAGCGUUCGGGAAACUACGACACAUCUUCUCGUCAGACAUACCUCAAAACCUUAAAACGAAAUUGUACAAUCAGUGCGUGUUGCCAGUGAUGACUUACGGAACUGAGACGUGGUCCUUCACUGCUGGCCGUAUGAGGAAGCUCAAGGUCGCUCAGCGAGCUAUGGAGAGGGCUAUGCUCGGAGUUUCUCUGCGUGAUAAACUUAGGAAUGAGGAAAUCCGCAGUAGAACCAGAGUAACCGACAUAGCCCAACGGAUUAGUAAGCUGAAGUGGCAGUGGGCCGGCCAUAUAGCUCGAAGAACCGACAACCGAUGGGGAAGAAAGGUUCUCGAGUGGCAGCCUCGUACCGGUAGGCGAAGUGUAGGGCGUCCCCCCACGAGAUGGAGUGACGACCUGGUAAGACAUGCAGGAAGUCGAUGGAUGCAGGAGGCUCAGGACCGUGCUUUGUGGCAUUCUUUGGGGGAGGCCUAUGUUCAGCAGUGGACUUGUGAAGGGCUGUAA